UAUUCAUUUCCGGGCGGUGUUUUGAUUUUUUAAAAAAGUUCUUGUGGGGAUCUUAUUAUUUAUGAAUUGAUUGCGAAGGAAGUAUAUCUCUAAUACUUAUCAGACAAAAAUAUUCGUAUUUCUAUUUAUAGAUGCCAGAAAUAGAGAUGGGAGAAACGCCAAAUGAAUUCCAGUUAAAGAACCCACCAAAUGAUGGUAUAUCAAGUGUAAAAUUUGGUCCUAACUCUAGCCAGUUUCUUCUAGUUUCAUCAUGGGACUCUACAGUCAGAUUGUACGAUAUUGUUGCCAACAACAAGAGAAUGGAAUAUUUUCAUUCUGCACCAGUUUUAGAUUGUUGUUUCCAUGAUGCUGUUCAUUCAUACAGUGGAGGACUUGACAACACAUUGAAAAUGUUUGAUUUUAAUACUAAUUCAGGUACAACUGUGGGUACACAUGAAGCACCUAUAAAAUGUGUAGAGUAUUGUCCUGAGGUCAAUGUUGUUAUAACAGGAAGUUGGGAUUCAACGGUCAAAUUAUGGGAUCCCCGUACUCCUUGUGCUGCAGGAUCAUUUAGUCAACCAGAUAAGGUAUACACAUUAUCUGUGUGUGGUGACAGAUUGGUUGUAGGAACAGCAGGAAGAAGGAUUCUGGUCUGGGACCUAAGGAACAUGGGAUAUGUACAACAAAGACGGGAGUCAAGUCUCAAAUAUCAAACAAGAUGUAUCAGAUGUUUUCCAAAUAAACAAGGCUAUGUUUUAAGUUCUAUUGAAGGUAGAGUAGCUGUAGAAUACCUAGACCCUAGUCCUGAAGUUCAGAAGAAGAAAUAUGCAUUUAAAUGUCACAGAAUCAAAGAGAAUGGAAUAGAAAUGAUUUAUCCUGUAAACGCUAUAGCUUUCCAUGCACAACACAAUACUUUUGCAUCAGGAGGAUCUGAUGGUUAUGUCAAUAUAUGGGAUGGAUUUAAUAAAAAACGACUUUGUCAGUUUCACAGAUAUCCUACCAGUAUUGCUUCCCUUAUGUUCAGCCACGACGGAUCAGUUCUUGCGAUUGCUUCUUCAUACAUGUAUGAAACAGAUGAUGCUGUGGAUAUUCCUCAGGACUCUAUAUAUAUCAGGAAUGUCAGUGAUCAGGAAACCAAACCAAAAGCUUGAACACCUUCAAUUAACAUUUUUAUCAGAUUCAAGCCAUAAUACAGUACAUAGUCUUUCUCUUGGUUCAUAUAAUGUGUCUCUAAAUGAAGACUGACUUGGUUAUUUAAGAAAAAUACGCUCUAGACUUUGUCAGACAUGUGCAUUUUGUCAUAUUUAAACAUUUUAUCUCAUUACAAAUUUAAUUCAAUGUCAAAUUGAACUGUGUAUAUGCAUUGAUGUAACAUAUUCUUUCAUUUUAUUAUAAAAUGUUUUUAUUGCAAAAUUUGCAACAUGAUGGGUUUCAUAAAAAUAAAAACUGACAUUUUAA